GAUAUAGAUAAGUAGUUGAUUGAAAGUGUGUGAGGGGGCGCGCGGCAGUCUGUGAGCGGCGGUCGCGCGGUAUGUCGCGUCGGUUGCUCCGGCCGCGUCAGAGACGUUCUCGUUCGCAGGCGGCAGCGGAGCCCGCGCCCGUAGCAGAGCCCCCGCCGGCGCCCGAGCCGGAGCCCCAGCCGCCGUCCGACGACGAGAGGGAACCGGGGGACUGGCGGUCGUCGCGUCCGGCGUCCCCGCCGCAGCGUCCUGACGACGUCUCUGAAGCUUCCGAAGCGACAGCGCGUCCUAGGAACGAGCCUGCUAGCCGCUACGCUAACCUCAACUUCUGGAAAGCUAGACGAGUGACCUUCUACAGAAAUGGCGACCCGUUCCAUCCUGGCGUGGAGUUCCGAUUUAAACCGGGCAGAGAUCUGGCGUCGAUGGAUGCUUUGCUGGACAGAUUAUCGGAGAGAUUGGAACUGCCGAGAGGAGCGAGGUUCAUAUUCGGAAUGGAUGGCGAUAGGAAGUAUAGACUGGAGGAGCUUGAAGAUGGCGCUUCGUACGUGGUGUCUUCGUACAAAACUUUUAAGGCAGCAAGUUACGGCAAAAAGAACGGCAUGUGGUAUGGCGGCACGACCGCUGCGGCGGCCCCGAGCGGGUGGUCGCGCGCCGGCACCCGCAAGCAGUCCGUGGCCGAGUCCGACGCGCCCCCGCCGGGCGGCGGCAAGCCCACCUCCGGCCGUGUUAUACGGAUCAUUAACAACAUGGACCACUCUAUACAGUGCCGUGUCUUGUUAAACCUGCGUACCACGCAGCCGUUCGAAGAGGUCCUGGAGGAUUUGGGACAAGUACUGAAAAUGAGCGGAGCCAAACGAAUGUACACAAUCACUGGACAAGAGGUGAGAAGUUUCUCCCAGCUUCGCAACGAGUUUGCCGACGUGGAAACCUUCUACCUGGGCACAGUGAUGGUCGCACCAGCUCUGAGUCCCGGAGUCAGCGCGCCACUGCCAGUCGAGUCUCCUAUGAGAAGAUCUCGAUCCCGAGGGAACGUGGCCGCAGCGCCAGCCUCCGAGGAAGUAUCAGUGCGCGGGCGGCGCGCGCGCAGCAAGAGCCGACCGAGGGUUCUGUACGCGCCGGAAGGUGAAAUCGUUCGUAAUUCAGAUUACACUCUACUGGAGGUACUAAAGGAGGAGCCGAUCCGCGUGACCAUCCGUGGUCUCAGACGCACCUUCUAUCCGCCCAUCCACCACGCUCCCGUAGACAACACGCCGCCAGAGAAGAAGCUAGCACUCGAAUGGGUCUACGGCUACCGAGGCUCCGACUGCCGACGAAACCUCUGGGUGCUGCCCACUGGAGAGCUCUUGUACUACGUCGCAGCCGUCGCUAUCAUGUACGACCGUGACGAGGAAUCACAGCGGCAUUACACGGGGCAUACUGAAGACAUACAGUGCAUGGAACUCCACCCCUCUCGGGAACUAGUGGCGAGCGGCCAGCGCGCCGGUCGCGGGCGCCGCGCGCAGGCCCAUGUCCGCAUCUGGAGCACUGACACUUUGCAGACUCUCCACGUUUUUGGAAUGGCUGAGUUUGAAGCUGGCGUUUCCGCCGUCGCCUUUUCACAACUGAACGGAGGCAGCUACGUACUGGCCGUGGACGCCGGCCGUGAGAGCAUCCUCUCCGUGUGGCAGUGGCAAUGGGGACACCUGCUCGGAAAAGUUGCGACACUACAAGAAGAGCUAACGGGCGCCGCUUUCCAUCCCCUGGAUGACAACCUCCUUAUCACACACGGAAAAGGACAUCUGGCGUUCUGGAACCGGCGGAAAGAUGGGUUUUUCGAGCGGACUGACAUUAUUAAACCGCCCUCUCGCACACACGUGACAGCGCUACAGUUCGAGCAGGACGGCGACGUGGUCACAGCCGAUAGCGACGGCUUCAUCACCGUGUAUAGUGUCGACAGCGACGGUGCAUAUUUCGUGAGGAUGGAAUUUGAGGCGCACAUUAAGGGCAUCAGCUCAUUGGUGAUGCUGUCGGAAGGAACCCUCAUUUCUGGCGGAGAGAAGGACAGAAAGAUAGCAGCAUGGGAUUCUCUGCAAAAUUAUAAGAGGAUAACUGAGACAAAGCUGCCCGAAUCUGCUGGCGGCGUGCGCAGCAUCUACCCUCAGCGACCAGGUCGCAAUGACGGUAACCUCUAUGUUGGGACCACUCGCAACAACAUCAUGGAAGGAUCAUUACAGAGACGAUUUAAUCAGGUUAUUUUUGGACACCACAAGCAGCUCAUGGGCCUAGCCGUCCAUCCGGACGAUGAAAUGUUCGCGACAGCCGGACACGAUAAGAACAUCGCCUUGUGGCGCGGACACAAACUCGUGUUUGCUACUCAGGUUGGGUACGAAUGCGUAUCCCUCGCAUGGCACCCCGGCGGUGGCGCGCUUGCGGCCGGCAGUACUGAGGGACAUUUGGUGGUGCUGAACGCUGACGCCGGAGCACACGUGGCCACACUUCGUGUCUGUGGGUCGCCGCUUAAUUGCUUGAUGUAUAAUUCAGCUGGAGACCUGCUCGCCAUCGGCUCCCAAAACGGCAGCAUCUACCUAUUCCGCGUGUCCCGCGAUGGCUUCUCAUACAAGAAGUCCAACAAGAUCCGCGGAGCACAGCCACUGGUGCAGCUAGACUGGAGUCUGGACGGCAACUACCUGCAGACCGUCACGGCUGACUAUGACUUGGCUUUCUGGGACAUAAAGUCAUUGUCGCCAGAAAAGAGCCCGAUAGCAAUGAAGGAUGUCAAAUGGUCCACGUUUAACUCUACGGUCGGAUUCCUAGUUUCUGGAAUGUGGAACAACAGAUUCUACCCGAUGACGUCUCUGAUAUCGACUGCAAGUCGGUCAGCUGCGCACGACCUGUUGAUCAGCGGAGAUUCUGAUGGAUAUCUGCGCUUGUUCAGAUACCCCUGCGCCAGCCCCAAAGCGGAAUACAACGAAAUGAAAGUGUACAGCGGGUCCGUGUACUGCGCCCGCUUCCUCUUCAACGACCGCUGCCUGGUGACGGCCGGGGGCGCGGACGCGGCGCUGAUGCUGUGGGAGCUGGUGGACGACUAGCACGCGGCCCCCCGGCUGCCCGCCGUCGUGCUCGCGCCCCCCACCCCCUCCCCUCCCCUGGCAAGGACCACCUUCAGGGUGCUGGACUUUGAUGAGCUCGAUUGAAGCGACGUAGAAAUGAAAAGCACCUUAUAGAUGGAUGAUCAUGCCGUCUCCUGUUAAUCACGAUCCACGUUCGGAAUCCUGGAUUUUGAGGAGCUGAUGUUCAGUAUGCUACUGAUGAUAAGUUACAUCGAGUCUUUGACGACAAGCGUUAUGUUAAAGUUUGGACUUGUCUAUACCAUAUCGGGUGGAACUUUUUAACGUUGGCUCUUCCAAGUAAAAGAGUUUAUUUAAAGAUAAUUUUCGUUCACAUUUUGCACCUGUCCAACGUCUGCCCAGAUUCGUUGUAACUUAGAAAAGUAGUAAUUGUAUACUGAAUUCACGUUUAGCUAAGGCGCUAACACACUGGCACCUUACUAGUGACCUUUGGGACAUAAGACUUCCAAUCCAAAGUUGUCCUGAUUUGACACGGACAUAAAUCUUUAUGGAUUUUCACUGUUUUAAGACACUUGCAAUCUGGAAUUGUACUCUUAAUAUUAUUAUGAAUUGUAAUACUUAGUUCUUGACAUACCCAGUAUUGGGUUGUAUUGGAGAGUUUUUAUCUAUUACUUAAUGAAAUUAAUGUAUUUACCUACAAUAAGUCACUGCCAUUUCUAACGUGCAUUAAACUAUUUAUGGAAUAGCGUGUAGGUAAAUGAAGCAAACAUGAAGAAAUAUUAUUUAUUAGGAAUUUAAACGUUAUCUUCGACACAAACCUAACUUUGUCGUAUUUUGUUCAAAAUACUACAAGUACAAGGUUGCUCUCUUGGGCUUUAAAAGAUUCUUGGACAUUUGGUAUAGGUAUUUGGCACAAUACAGCAGCGAAUGACGAAUUAUAUGGUUGGAUAUCCUACUCUGGCAAUCGAUCUGUUUAUAGUAAGUUUCUAUGGCAUUAGAAGAACUGCAAUUGACAGAUGGGGAUGUGAGUAGGUAACUACAUAAGUUUGAAAACGGUUAUAAUGUCUAGGUAUAAUUAUGAUGGUUAAUUAUCUACUACCUUUCAACUUCCUUUCUGACGUCUAUUAAGGUGGCCACUGACGAGCCUUCCAACAGUCCGAAUAGCGUGGCUGCAAUCCAAAAUAGGUCCGUGAAUGUCAAUAACGUAUACAAUGUUUAAUAUUAGGAUGCCGUCCAUUUGGAUGAAUCCAUUGUAACGGCAUCCACUUGGAAGGCUCGUCAGUGGCCUGUUUUAUAAAGAUGGGUACCUAUACAUAGUAUACAUGUGUGCUUUACCUAUCUUUGUCGAGCGACCGAUUACAGAAUAAAUGGUGGUGAAAUGAUACUUUAAAAGAAACUAUAACUUAAGUAUUUCGUACGUUUGUUGGGUAGAUACUAUUUAUAUUUAUAUUAAAAACAGUAUAAUAUGUAUAUAAUUAUGUGGCCUUUUUCUGUAGCGGAUUUUAGAACAACCGGUUUUUUUUUUAAACAUUGUAUGGUUGAAAUAAAAAUAUCUAAGUUCUGUUGUACAACAGAUCUGGAAUUUCCUUGGAGUUUCACAAACUAUGUCGCUAGUCGCUAUAAAAAUACAUAUGAAGAUAGUAUAUCACCUAGUUAUUUCUAAAAUCCGUUAUGAAAAGAUAUCGGGCGAAAUGAAUCGUUGUGAAAGAUUUGAAUACUUCUUCCAAAAUGUGGCAGGCCACUAAAUUAUUACGAUUAACUUUUUGUACGUUAUCAUGCUUUUCACUGUACAAAAAUAACAUAUCGAUCUAUUAUAUGACACUUCACGCAAAUAUAGCUAAUUCAAUUAAGAAUAUCAAAGUUAUUGACAGUUAUCUAAAACUUGAGUAGAUUUUCAACACAAAUUACUUAGGCAAAUGAAUUUUCCCACAGAGUUAUCACGAAUAAAAGAAUACGUAGUGUAAUCGCAAAUAAAUUCAAUCUUUACUCGGGGAUCGAGUAUAAUUGACCUACUAAGUAGCUAAUCAUCAACAAAAAAUGACUGAAUGCCGCGAAAAUAUCUGCUUCUGUAUGGCUCGAAUAUGCAAGAGUUAAAAGAGGCAGAUAUGACAUAAGAUUUUGGAUUUUCGUGAUAGGCCCUUAGGGUUAGCAUUAUAGGUUGCUGACACUCGAUACCGGAUCUAUCUGAAGAAGGUAGUGUUAGGUUACACACAUAGGUAACCUAUUAUACCUAUCAUUACAAGUGUCGUAGAUUUUCGGGCUGAAGAAGACUGAGCGAGGCGAGGCUAGCGGAGGUUCGUGUGUCAUCCGCCUUAAAUAUUAGCGCAUUCCCUGCCAGCGCGAGCUACGAGCGUACCGAGCCGAUAACACGUGAAAACCGUAUGUAGCGAAAAGCCUCUAGGAACAUCCCUGUUCGCACACUGGCAGUGAAUAUGUUAAGGGCCGAGAUUCGUUACUAGCGAGUUAAAUUAAUUUUAAAUUUUAUUAUUAUCAAGUAAUUAUGAGCUACAAAAAUGUCGCGAUGACUAAAACACAUUUUACAGUAUUUCACACAUUUUUACGUAGUUGUAGCUGUUAAUGUCAAUUUAAGAACUCUUUAUAAAAUGUAUUAUUUCAACGAAACAUCAAAAUAAUCUAUGAUUUAAAUGGGGCAUACUACUCACAAUACUAUGUUUUGAUAUCAAUCAACGUAAGAGCGUUUUCACAUUGUACGUUCCGAUAUCGGGUGAUCGUUGGAGAAAAGUAGCUUCUAGAGAGUGCCGUAAUGCCGGCUACAUACGUAACGAUAAAUCGUUGCGAUAAAACUGUGCAGUCCGACUGUGCAGAUAAAUCGA